CUUGGUAUCGAAACUCAAGGAGGCCAAGCCCUCAGUUAAUAAACCUCGUGGAGUUACGAAGGCCAGACCUGGCCGUCCAAGGAAAUACGCCGUUCGAUCCACUCAUGACGACCACCUGCCACCUGCAGUCAUUUGUCCUUCAUCUCGGAUGGGCUCACGCAUUUAGUCCAAUCCUCCAACCUGACAUCCUUCCUGCGAACGACACGGACAACAACCAUGAAUUUGACAUGGCGGUUAGCACCAUUGACGAGUCUGAUUCAUUUACACAAGCGAUAGACGAGGUCUCUUACACGUAUUCUGGCCCACCGGUAUUAAUGUUCGAGACAACCCCACUCCACACCCUUUCCCAAGCGGUGCCAGAUCUAAGAACCGAUGGGGCUGAACUAGGUUUAUCGCCACGCAAGACUUCUGCCGACCCUUUGUCACCGAACGCUUGUACACUCUCAGCUACUGAGCGGAUGGCACUGUAUCAACUUCUUUCUGGAUCGUUUGGCACUCCUCGUAAUAUCCAGGAAUGCGCCGGUACAUACAGAAAUUACAUGCAGGAACGGUCGCAACUGUACUACGAGGGGCUUCUUGCGGUGCCUUACCGAAACUCUCAUUACAAUGACCGAAGACCAGCUUCUUCCGACAAUCGCCAAUCGGUUCCCUGCAAUGGCAGCGAGUAUAGACGCUGGGUUAACUCGGGAGAGCUCUGCAUAAUGGACAAAGCUUCGGUUAGAAAUUCCAAGCCAGUCAAAUCUGACACGAGUACGAUCAGGCCGAAAGCACAAGUCCUCUCCUUUGACACAGAUAACGGGACGCAUCCCCUGGACACGUUGUUCCCAAUACUUGACCUGAAUAGGACCAGCGUCGAUAAUCCAAUCAGGGAAUCACCUGUUAUCCGCAGUCGGCGCCAAUCCUACGUACCUUUAGAUUUCUAUUUCCUUCCGAACGAGGAAAGGGGUGAGGCUGAGGAUCUCCUUCUGGAUGCACCAUCUAACUCGGGCGCCCCUGAACUUCCCAACCAUUCGGUCUCAUUACAGUCGAAGAUCCGUGGAGGAUCUGUCCACGGACGUCCGGAUUUCCCAGGAUCUCCGCCACUGCUGCCUUCGGCUGAACUCUACCAUGUCGAUGUCAACCCUAAGCGCCCCGCCCCGUUGCCACAACCGGCUUCGAACGUCAAUGAAAACAAGAAAAGUCGCCGGAAGAGUGUAGCUCCACAAACCCGCUUCGCUCCCUGUACUCCACAGAAGUCGUACCUACGUGAAUGUGACAGGAUCAAGACGAGGUCCUUUACGUCCCGCAGCGCUAGAAUGCGGACGACUUCUGCUGGCGGAGGAAUGUAACAAACAAUAGAUGUGAGAUGACGACCUUGGCACCGCAAAUGUUUCAUGUUUAUUGAACAGCAAUUCCACUUUCGACUUAGGCUGCGCAAAACCGUCAAUCUGCUUCGCGAACCCCUGAAUUCCCAGCGUCACCUCAUAACCAUCGCACGACUUGUCUUGGGAUUCCCAGAUCCUAAAGACAGUUUCAUGUUCCAUGAUGACAUUCUCUUUACGGUACCAUUUGACAAUAAUAAUAAUUAAAAGGUUACCCUGAUUCAGAACGCAGUUGCCUUGUUUUUUUUUCAGCCCUCUUUAGUCUACUUCACGUUUUGUUUGUACGUGUCCAUAAUAUCACUAGGUUAAGUAACUAUUAACGAGCCCCGAAUGGAAUGAAGACAUGCAAUAAACUAUGCCCGGUCCAAUUAU